AUGUCCACGACUCAGGCCAAGAUGCAUUUCCGCUGGUUACACAGCAUACCAAGCGGGUCCCCUGUUCAGCCAGAUGACUACCCACCCGUCGAUAUUGAACCAAGCAAAGAGAUACGCCUCCUGGACCUCCUGCCUGGGCGCUUCGACGAUGAAAUUCAUUGCAAGCUCCUGAAGCAUGCCUUGAACUUCUCCGAACCGCCGUUCCGGGAAUACGAUUUUCAGGUCAAUCAGUCAGAGCUGGCGUACGAAGCCGUUUCCUAUGCCUGGGGCUCUCCUAAAGAUGUUGUGGCCAUCCAACUGGAUGGCCAUGGGUCAUUUUUAGUGACGAGGAACUUACGGGCAGCCUUCAAAAGAUUGAGAAGUCAGGAUUCAGUUCGUCGGUUAUGGGCGGAUCAGAUCUGCAUCAACCAGCGCAAUGUCUCUGAGCGCAACCAACAAGUUGCUAUCAUGUGGAUCAUAUUCAACGAGGCCGCGAAAGUCAUUGUCUGGUUGGGAGAGCCGGGUGGUCCAACGUUCAAGCUGUCGAAAUCGUUCGUGGAGGAUUUAGCGAAGACUCCCUAUGCGGAUGAGAUGAGAUAUUUAAUAGAGCACCCUUCACUACAUAAGCUCGGAUCUUGGUGGAGUCGUUCAUGGGUUGUGCAAGAAUUUGUCUCAGCACGAACAGAACCUGCAAUGUACUUUGGGCCUCACAAACUGGACUGGGCGGUAUUCGGAGACAGUUGCUGGAAUCAGCUAAUAAAAACAUCGCACCCUGAGACUAUACGUGCCCUCUUUUCGGUUCUUACGAUGGGACGAAGACUCGCCGAUCUACGGAAGCUUUCGCAUCGAGGACAAACCACCAUCCUUUCGCUUGAUUGGACCCUGUUGCAAACCGAGUGUUCUGACCCUAGGGACAAGUUGUACAGUCUCUUGGGCCUUUUGUCGCAAGCAGAGCGCGACGUCGUAACAGUGGAUUAUGCCAAAGACACUCGUGAGACUUUCACCAUCGCCACUCAAGCUUUCCUGGUAGCGAACAUGAGGUACGGAAUAUUACGUCUUAUCUCAUUCGCGGGAGGUUAUCGCACCUACCCACGUGGGUGA